AUGUCUGUCUCUACGCAGCUCGGCCUGCUGCUGUGGAAGAACUUCACCUACAGACGACGACAGACGGUGCAGCUUCUGGUUGAAAUCUCUGGCGCUCUUGAUCUUCUUCACCUCAUCGCUGUGCGACUGAACUACCCGCCCUAUGAACAGCACGAGUGUCACUUUCCCAACAAGGCGAUGCCUUCGGCGGGAACGCUGCCAUGGCUUCAGGGGAUCCUCUGCAAUGCCAACAACCCGUGCUUCAGGAACCCGACGCCGGGCGAGUCUCCAGGCAUUGUCGGCAACUUCAACGACUCCAUAAUCUCUCGCCUCUUCUCGGACGCCAAGAAGAUCCUCCUGUACAGUCAGAACGACAAGAACCUGGACGGCUUCAAGGAGCUCGCUCAGGCUCUGCGGGUGCUGCAGGACAGCCGCACAGGUUUUAAGUUGAAGCACUUCCUGCGUGAUGACGAGACUCUGACCAGCUUCCUGCGGAUGAACGCAUCAUUUCCUGAGCACAGCGUGGAGCAGAUCAGAGAGGCCGACGUUCACCUGGACAAGGUGCUCCUGAAGGGUUUCGGCGUCCACCUGAGGGACAUGUGUCCCAGGAAGGGCGGCGAGCGUCCUCUGGAGGACUUUGUGACGAUCUCGGACAAACAGGUGUCGAUGCUGGUACAGGAAGUGAUCUGUCAGGCACCGCCCAUCUGGCUGAACCAUGCUGAGGAGCACUUCCUGAACAACCUGGACUUCCUCAAACCCAUCCAGAGGGACGUCACAUCCGACCCCGAGGCCAUCAGACAGGUUGCCAGGGCGACGAACAACCUCCUGGAAAAUCUGGGUUCUCUGGCAGUCGAGUUGGCUGGUAUGAAGAGCUGGGUCGACCUGAGGAAUGAGAUUAUCUUCCUGACACACAAUGCCACGUCGUCGCCCAGCACCAUGUACCAGGCGGUAUCCAGGAUCGUGUGUGGUCACCCUGAAGGUGGCGGCCUGCAGAUCAAGUCCCUGAACUGGUAUGAGGACAGCAACUAUAAGGCUCUGUUUGGGAACCACAACAGCAGUGAGGACGAGCCCUCAGCACUCUACGACAACUCGUCCACGCCGUACUGUAACAGUCUGGUGAAGAACAUGGACUCCAACCCGAUGUCCCGGAUGAUAUGGCAGGCCCUGAAGCCUCUGCUGAUGGGCAAGAUCCUGUACACCCCCCACACACCAGCCACGCAGAGGGUCAUCCACGAGGUGAACCGGACCUUCCAGGAGCUUGGUGUGUUCAGGGACCUCGGUGGAAUGUGGGAAGAGAUGAGACCCAAAGUUUGGAGCUUCAUGGAGAACAGCGAACAGAUGGACCUGAUCAGGACUCUGCUGAAGAACAACGUCACUGCAAGGUUCUUCCACGCUCAGCUGACCGACACCGAUUGGACUGUGGCUGACAUCUCCAACUUCCUGUCCAAGCAAGCAGAGGACCGCCGGCCGCCAGGCACCGCCCUCACCUGGAGAGACGUGUUCAACGAGACCGACCAGGCCAUCAUGAGCAUCUCACGCUUCAUGGAGUGUGUGAAUCUGGACAAACUGGAGCCGGUCUCCAGCGAGGAGCUCCUGGUCAACCAGUCCAUUGUGCUGUUGGAGGACAGGAAGUUCUGGGCGGGCAUCGUCUUCCCGGAUGUCGUCCCAAACGCCACUGAGCUGCCACCAAAACUGAACUACAAGAUUCGCAUGGACAUCGACAACGUGGAGCGGACCAAUAAGAUCAAAGACGCGUACUGGGAUCCAGGUCCUCGUGCCGACCCGUUUGAGGACAUGCGGUACAUCUGGGGCGGGUUCUCGUACCUGCAGGAUGUCAUCGAGCACGGUAUCAUCAGAGCCAUGACGGGCACUAAGGAGAAGACGGGCGUGUACAUCCAGCAGAUGCCGUACCCAUGCUACGUCGACGACAUCUUCCUGCGGGUGAUGAGCCGCUCCAUGCCGCUCUUCAUGACUCUGGCAUGGAUGUACUCGGUGGCGAUCAUCCUGAAGAGCGUAGUGUACGAGAAGGAGGCGAGGCUGAAGGAGACCAUGAGAAUCAUGGGACUGAACAAUGGCAUCCUGUGGUUCAGCUGGUUCAUCAGCAGCCUGAUCCCCCUGCUGAUCAGUGCCGGACUACUGGUGCUGCUGCUCAAGAAUGGAAACCUGCUGCCGUACAGCGACCCUGGAGUGGUCUUCCUCUUCCUUGGGUCGUUCGCUGUGGUGACCAUCAUGCAGUGUUUCCUGCUCAGCACAGCGUUUGCCCGUGCUAACUUGGCAGCCGCCUGUGGAGGAAUCAUCUACUUCACCCUCUACCUGCCCUACGUGCUGUGUGUUGCCUGGCAGGACUACAUUGGCUUCGGAGCCAAAGUGUUCGCUAGCCUACUGUCUCCGGUGGCAUUCGGGUUCGGCUGUGAAUACUUCGCCCUGUUUGAGGAGCAGGGCGUCGGGAUCCAGUGGAUGAACCUGGUGUCGAGUCCUCUGGAGGAGGACGACUUCAGCCUCCGCACCGCCAUCACAAUGAUGUACCUGGACUCCAUCCUGUACGCGGUCCUCACCUGGUACAUCGAGGCUGUGUUUCCAGGUCAGUACGGGAUCCCUCGGCCCUGGUUUUUCCCCUUCACCAAGUCCUACUGGUUUGGAGAGAAAGACGGACAAUCCAAAGUCCCUCUGAACCGGAAAGGAAACGCAGAAGCUGUGUGUAUCGAGGAAGAGCCGGCUCACCUGGAGCCCGGUGUCUACAUUGAAAACCUUGUGAAGGUUUAUCGUCAUGGAAAGAAGCUGGCGGUGGACGGACUGACACUUGGCUUCUAUGAGGGACAGAUCACCUCCUUCCUGGGACACAACGGGGCCGGAAAAACCACUACUAUGUCCAUCCUUACCGGCCUCUUCCCUCCGACCUCGGGAACUGCCUACAUCCUGGGCAGAGACAUCCGGACCGAGCUUAGCGCCAUCAGACAGAGUCUGGGAGUCUGUCCACAACACAACGUUCUCUUCAGCAUGCUAACGGUGGAAGAGCACAUCUGGUUCUACGGCCGACUCAAAGGCCUGUCGGAGCAGCAGGUGAAAGGUGAGAUUGAGCACAUCCUUCAGGACACUGGGCUGCCGCACAAACGCACCUCCAGGACCAGCGCACUGUCCGGUGGCAUGCAGAGGAAACUGUCUGUAGCUCUGGCCUUCGUCGGGGGGUCGAAAGUUGUGAUCCUGGAUGAGCCCACAGCCGGUGUCGACCCCUAUGCCCGCAGAGGGAUCUGGGAUCUGCUGCUAAAGUACCGACAGGGCCGGACCAUCAUCCUGUCCACGCACCACAUGGAUGAGGCUGACAUCCUGGGCGACCGGAUCGCCAUCAUCUCCCACGGGAAGCUGUGCUGCGUGGGCUCGUCCCUGUACCUGAAAAACCAGCUGGGGACGGGCUAUUACCUGACCUUGGUGAAGAAAGACCCAGAGCCGUCACUGAGCUCCUGCAGGAACUCGUCCAGCACCGUGUCCUUCACCAAGAAGGAGGGGGAAUGCACCUCGGUUAGCAGCAGUGAUGCCGGACUCGGCAGCGAACAUGAAAGUGAGGCCGCUACAAUCGAGAAUGGCCCUGCGGCGUCCAUCUGUGACGUUCCCUUUGUCCCCCCUGAUGUGUCAUUGGUCUCGAGUCUGAUCCUGUGUCACGUCCCCGCCGCCCGCCUGGUGGAGGACCUCGGACACGAGCUGACCUAUGUGCUGCCGUAUAGUGCUGCCAAGGACGGAGCCUUUGUGGAGCUCUUCAAAGACCUGGACCUGAAGCUGCCCGACCUCGGCAUCUCAAGCUACGGUGUGUCGGACACGACGCUGGAGGAGAUUUUCCUGAAGGUAGCCGAAGAUAACGGAGUCGAUACUGAAGUGCCCUCAGAUGGUACACUUCCUGUGCGGAGGCGGAGGAGGACUCACGCCUUCGGUGGAGGAGACCAUCAGAGCUGCCUGAAACCGCUAACGGAGGACGACAACGAUGACUGCAACGAGUCAGAUGGAGACGCAGAGACAGAUUGGCAGAACUGCUCCGAUGGCAAAGGUUCGUCUCAGGUGAGCGGGUGGAGUCUGAAGCGGCAGCAGUUCGUGGCUCUGUUGUGGAAACGCUUCCUGUAUGCUCGGCGCUCCAGGAAGGGAUUCUUUGCUCAGAUCAUCCUUCCUGCCGUCUUCGUCUGCAUCGCUCUUGUCUUUAGUCUCAUCGUCCCCCCGUUUGGAAAAUACCCAAGUCUGGAGCUGCAGCCCUGGAUGUACGAAGACCAGGUCACCUUCAUCAGUGACGACGCUCCGUCAGACGCCAACAUGCAGAAGUUACUGAGUGCUCUGAUGGAUGCUCCGGGCUUUGGGACUCGCUGCAUGGACGGACAUCCGAUCCCGGAGGUGCCCUGUACGAUGGGUGAUGAGGACUGGCUGACCCUGGACAUCCCUGAAAGCGUCCAGCAGCUCUUUAGCUCCUCCAACUGGACCAUGGAGAACCCGUCUCCGGCCUGUUUCUGCAGCUGUGACGGGAAGAAGAAGAUGCUGCCGGACUGUCCCGCCGGAGCUGGAGGACUGCCUCCACCAGAGAUGAAGAUGAGCGCCACUGACACUCUGCAGAACCUGACAGGAAGAAACAUCUCAGACUACCUGGUGAAAACCUACGCCCAGAUCAUCGGCAAGAGUCUGAAGAACAAAGUCUGGGUGAAUGAGUUCAGGUACGGAGGCUUCUCAUUGGGUGCCAGGAGCACUCAGGUCCUCCCACCAGCCAAUGAGAUUGACGACGCCAUCGAACGAGUCAGAAAGAUCUUUGAGCUGCAGAAGGGAGCGGCUGCAGAUCGAUUCCUUGACAGUCUGUCUGGUUUCAUCAACGGUUUGGACACAAAGAACAACGUCAAGAUCUGGUUCAACAAUAAAGGCUGGCACAGUAUUGGAGCGUUCAUUAACGUCAUGAAUAACGGCAUCCUGAGAGCGAAUCUGCCUGAAGGACGAGACCCCAACAAGUACGGGAUCAGCGCCUUCAACCACCCCCUGAACCUGACCAAGGAGCAGCUGUCCCAGGUCGCCCUGGUAACGACUUCUGUGGAUGUCCUGGUGUCCAUCUGUGUGAUAUUCGCCAUGUCCUUCGUCCCAGCGAGCUUCGUGGUCUUCCUGAUCCAGGAGCGAGUCAGUAAGGCCAAACACAUGCAGUUCAUCAGCGGAGUGCAGCCGCUGCUCUACUGGGUCGCCAACUUCAUCUGGGACAUGUGUAACUACAUUGUUCCGGCGACGCUCGUCAUCGUCAUCUUUAUAUGUUUCCAACAAAAAGCCUACGUGUCAUCGACCAACCUGCCGGUGCUCGCCCUGCUGCUGCUGCUCUACGGGUGGUCCAUCACUCCUCUCAUGUACCCCGCCUCGUUCUUCUUUAAGAUCCCGAGCACGGCGUACGUCGUCCUCACCAGCGUCAACAUCCUGAUCGGCAUCAACGGCAGCAUCUCCACCUUUGUCAUGGAACUGUUCGGGAACAACGAAAUCGGAGGGAUUAACGACGUGCUGAAGAAUGUCCUCCUCAUCUUCCCUCACUUCUGUCUCGGCCGAGGGCUCAUCGACAUGGUGAAGAACCAGGCGAUGGCCGACGCCCUCGAGAGAUUCGGUGAGAACAGGUUCCGGUCUCCUCUGGAGUGGGACAUGGUUGGAAAGAACCUGUUUGCAAUGGCCGUGGAGGGAGUGGUCUUCUUUAUCAUCACCGUCCUGAUCCAGUACAGGUUCUGCAUCAAACCCAGGCCGGUCAGUAAACUCACUAAGCUCGGUCCUCUGGGUGACGAGGACGAGGAUGUGGCCCGAGAGAGACAGAGGAUCGUCCACAGCCUCGGACACGGAGACAUCCUGGAGCUUCGCCAGCUCACAAAGGUGUAUAAGAGGAAGCAGAAGCCGGCGGUGGAUCGACUGUGUGUCGGGAUUCCACCUGGAGAGUGUUUCGGCCUGCUCGGCGUGAACGGAGCGGGAAAGACGACGACCUUUAAGAUGCUGACAGGUGACACGCUGGUGACGAGUGGGGAGGCCUUCCUGGCCGGGAAGAGCAUCCUGAGGGAGAUCGAUCAGGUCCAUCAGAACAUGGGUUACUGUCCUCAGUUUGACUCCAUCAAUGAGCUGCUGACAGGUCGGGAACACCUGGAGCUGUACGCCGUGCUGCGAGGCAUCCCCGAGAAGGAAGUCUGCGACGUGGCGGAGUGGGGCAUCAGGAAGUUGGGUUUGGUGAAAUACGCUGACAAAGCAGCAGGAAGUUACAGCGGAGGAAACAUGAGGAAGCUGUCGACAGCGAUGGCUCUGAUUGGUGCUCCACCUGUCGUCUUCCUGGACGAGCCGACCACAGGAAUGGACCCCAAAGCACGCCGAGCACUCUGGAACUGCAUCCUCAGCGUCAUCAAGGAGGGACGCUCCGUCGUCCUCACCUCACACAGCAUGGAGGAGUGUGAGGCUCUGUGCACUCGGAUGGCGAUCAUGGUGAACGGCAGGUUCAGGUGUCUCGGCAGCGUCCAACACCUGAAGAGCAGGUUUGGUGACGGGUACACGAUCAUCCUGCGGGUGGCGGGUCCCAACCCGGACCUGCUGCCCGUCAUGAAGUUCAUCGAGAGCGAGCUGAGCGGCAGCACACUGAAGGAGAAACACCGUAACAUGCUGCAGUACCAGCUGCCGUCAUCGCUCACCUCCCUCACACACAUCUUCUCCAUCCUCGCCAAGAACAAGGAGACGCUCCGCAUCGAGGACUACUCCGUCACCCAGACCACCCUGGACCAGGUGUUCGUGAACUUUGCGAAGGACCAGAGUGACGACUAUCACUCCAAAGAUAACUCAGUGCGGCGGAAGGACAUCGUCGUCAUUGAUGUUCCCGCACUGAGCUCGAGCCAUGGUGGCGCCGAGGGCGAGGACGCGAUGGGGGAGAGCGUCCUGUGAUGACAUUCAGGAGGCUGGACCCUUCAGCCUGGACUCGACCUGCAGCCGGGGGAGGCGUCCUCGCCUCACCUGCUGUGAUGUCAUACUGAUUUGAAUACGGUGGGCGGAGCCAACCACUGCCUCAUUGCCAAGUCAAUGCAAGUGAUUUCCUGUGGAGGCGACAAGCUGGCCGCGAGUGGACUGAGCGUUAAAACUUGAAUUGUUGCCUCGUCGUUCUGUGAUUGAAGCCUCGAUGAAGAAUCCAAAUCAUUUCACACGGCCAAGGGCUCGACUGCAAACAUCGAUUCUUUUAAAAUGUUUGAUUCCGUUUUUAUCCUCAGUUUUAUUUAUAAGUGUAGCUGAAACAGAGAGAGUGAUUUGUUGUCUUAUUUUGGCGGAGUCAAAGUGGCAUUACUAUUUCCUGUAGUGUUUAACAGCCAAUCAGAGUGCUCGAUGCUGCACAGAGAAGAGUUGAUUGAUUUUCUAGUUUUUUUUAAGAAAAGCAGAUUUGUUGUGUAUGGUGUGAAACAGUGAAAUACCUCAUCAGCUCCUCAAAGCACACUACAGUAUUGAACAGUCCUCUGAACAGCUGAUCAUCAGCUGAUCAUUCAAUCUCCACAUUCCAAUCAGUCAGCACUUUGUGUCCACACGUUUGACUUUGCACUGAAUCCUGAUGAAACUGUUUAUUUAAUGUGACAGAAGAGGAUGAUGGAAAAAGAGCUGUUACCUGACCUGAACACCAAAACAAUAAAAUGAAACAAAUCGA